CAAGUUAUCAAACGGCAGCAAAUGCUAUGGUCACACAUAGACUGAUCAUUUCCUUGUCAGUUUUCUUCUAGAAGCUUGAAGUAUUCUCCCAAUUUCAAAUGCACUAUAAAGAGCAGCACACCAUAUUCUCAAGAAAAGGCAAAAAGCAACAGACAAAACUGAUCAUUAUUGUCCUUAAAUCUUAAAUCAACCGUCCUUCUAGAAGACUCGUCCAAGCCUUUUUCAGCGUGAUCAACUUGCAAUUUCAGAAUCCCUAGUAAAGAUAAAGCUCGUCAUUUUGAUCCAUGAAAAGCAGAAAUUAUAGGGUCCCAUCACAAUUUGAUUUGCAGUCUUUUCUUGUGGUCAUCUUGGUAUAAGAAUCAAUCACUCUUUUCUUUUUUGUUACACAGAAAACCCAGUUAAAUGGAGAUUAUUCCUUGUCUUCCAUAUGAUGUAGGACUUGAAUGUUUGAUAAGGGUACCUUAUCAGGACUUCUCCUCUGUUGCAUCAGUCUGCAGCACUUGGAAGCAUGAGAUUGAGCUGCCGGAGUUUUGGCGCCGCCGGAGAGAGUCUGGCUCAAAUCGAAAACUCGUCGUGAUGGCACAAGCCCAGGUUGAUCCGAGGCAGAAGCUUGGAACCAUGACGUAUUCGGCUACACCGGUUUACCGGCUUACAGUUUUUGAACCAGAAGGGGGUUAUUGGACUGAGUUGCCUCCGGUGCCCGGAUACUUCGAUGGGCUACCGAUGUUUUGCCAACUUGUUGGAGCGGGGAUGAAUCUGGUGGUGAUAGGCGGGCUGAAUCCGUUCACUUGGGAGGUUUCCAAGGCGGUUUAUGUUUACAAUUUUAUUUCGGCGACGUGGCGACGGGCGACUGACAUGCCAGGUUGUCAAAGAUCAUUCUUCGCGUGUGGGUCAGAUUCUAAUCGGAUGGUGUUUGUGGCGGGUGGACAUGAUAGCGAGAAAUGCGCAUUGAAAUCAGCUAUGGCAUAUGAUGUAACAAAUGAUAAAUGGACCCACUUACCUGACAUGGCAAGAGAGCGCGAUGAAUCCAAAGGGAUUUACCACCUUGGCAAAUUCCAUGUCAUCGGCGGGUACUCCACAAACAUGCAGGGUAGGUUCGAGGCUAGUGCUGAAUGGUUUGAUAUCUCCACUUGGCAGUGGGACCCAGUUCACGAAAACUACUUGGAAGCUAGCACGUGUCCAAGGCAUUGCGUGGAUUGUGGGGAUGGAAAAUUAUACAUGUCUCGAUCUACUGAUGUGUUAGUACACAUAGGCUCUACAUGGAAAGUUGUAACCGAGCUACCGUCCGAUUUGCAAAAUACCGCGUACAUGAUAGGGUGGCAAGACAAAUUGUUGAUGAUUGGGUCCCCAAGAUUCGGAGCUCCUCACAGAGCCUAUUUAUUAGAUACUAGAACUCUCGAGUGGGAAGAAAAGGAAGCGCGGGAGGCAUUCUCCGGUCAUGUUCAAUCUGGAUGCUACCUAGAACUGUAAGGUGAAUGUUGUAAAGCUAUGCCAAAAUGCACCAUAUGCCAGUUUUGCAUUGCCCACGGGCAAGGUUUUAGAGUCAAUCGAUUGAUAUCCACUUAAUAAUGAAAUAACCUUUUAUUCUCAAAAUGUUAAGGAGACUUGAUCAA